AUGAGCCAAACAUCGCAAGAGUCUUCAACACUAUUGCCGGAGGUCCGACGGAAAGGGGACAGCCAGAAUUCCCGGAAGAGGACCUAUAGACAGGCUAAUCCGGAUCAGGCCGAGUCAAGUUCUCGCCUAUCCGAGGUGAUCACUUACGGGCCCAGCGACCCUAUCCCAACUGCCUCGAGUAGCCAUGAGGAUUUGAUAAUCGAAGUGCUCACCAACAAUUAUAUCGUCAAGAAAGUUUACAUCGACUUGGGAAGCUCGGUAGAUAUCAUGUACCUCCGCACUUUUGAGAGCCUCAAGUUGGCUAGGGAACACAUGACCCCUGUGCGAACGUCUCUUGUAGGAUUUGAGGGACAUGUCGUGCAUCCCGAGGGGAUGGUGACCUUGACAGUAACUGUGGGGCAUCACCCCCGGUGCCGAACCAUUCCUGUCAAUUUCAUAGUGGUGAGAGCUGACUCUCCGUACAACUUGCUCCUAGGUCGCCCCACGCUUAACGCUUUGCGGGCGGUAUACUCCACCUACCACCUGAGCUUCAAGUUUUCUACUCCUGCGGGGGUUGCCGAGGUCAGCAGCGACGUCUGCGCUGCUCGGGAGUGCUACCUCGCCACUCUACAAGCAGCCUCCCCAUCGACCUCUGGCGCGAGGUCCGAGAAGAGGUCAAAUAUCCUCUCAAUAGACUAUAUUGAUCCUCAGCAAGCUGAUAAGAUCCCGAGGCUGGAGACGGGGGAUGAGGUAGAGGAGAUUUUUCUAGAUCCUACGAAGCCUGAUCGGACGGUCAGCGUCGGCACUCGACUGCCUGGCCCGAUUAAAAGAGGUAUGGUGGACCUCCUCAGAGAAUACCGGGACGUUUUCGCUUGGGCCGCAGAUGAGGUCCAAGGAAUCUCGCAUCACCUCAUAAUACAUGAGCUGAACGUUGAUCCCCAAGUCCGCUCGGUUAAACGAAAAAGAAGGCACCUCGGCCCUGAGCGAAGCCGAGCUGUCGGUGAAGAAGUGGAUAAGCUCCUGCCUGCAAAGAUAAUCCGAGAAGUCCAAUAUCCGACCUGGUUAUCUAACCCGGUCAUGGUCAAGAAAGACACGGGGGCUUGGAGGAUGUGCGUCAACUUUACCGACCUCUAUAAAGUUUGUCCCAAGGAUUGCUACCCAUUACCCAAGGUCGACACCUUGGUGGACUCGACAAUGGGUUAUGAGAUCCUCUGUUUUCUUGACGCCUUCAAGGGGUAUCACCAGAUAGGCAUGAGUCAAGAAAACCAAGAGAAGACGGCCUUCUACACUAACCAGGGCAUAUACUGUUAUACCACCAUGCCUUUCGGGUUAAAGAAUGCCGGAGCCACAUAUCAACGCCUGGUUAACCAAGCCUUCAAAUCUCAGAUCGGCCAAAAUGUCGAGGCCUACGUAGAUGAUAUUCUUCUCAAAAGCCAGACGACCUCCACAUUCCUUUCCGAUCUGAAAGAGGUCCUUGAGGUCAUUCGGGAGACGCGAAUGAUGCUAAAUCCCAAGAAAUGUAUGUUUGGGGUCACUUCGGAAAAAUUUUUGGGCUACCUCGUCUCUAGGCGGGGCAUCGAAGCGAAUCCGGAUAAUGUGAGAGAGAUCCAAGAGAUGUCUCCACCUCGGUGCAUCCGCGACGUGCAGAGACUCACAGGACGGUUGGCAGCCCUGAACCGGUUCUUGUCGCAGUCAGCUUGCAAGGCGUUGCCCUUUUUCAAGGUUUUAAAGAAGGCCGAUAGUUUCUUCUGGAUCGAAAAAUGUCAGCAGACCUUCGACCAAUUGAAGGAAUACCUUCACCACCUCCCAAAACUCACCUCGCCUCGGCCAGGGGACAAGUUAUUCCUGUACCUCUCUGCCGCGGUUGAAACCGUAAGUGCCGCGUUGAUAAGGGAGGAAGGUGUUCAGAUGCCAGUCUACUACGUCAACCGACUCCUCCGAGAUCCGGAGACUCGAUACAGUCAGGCGAAGAAACUUGUGUUGGCCUUGAUCCACGCUGCCCGCAGAGGCUUCCGGACGCCUUACCAAUGGGCCAUCGAGUUGGGGGAGUACGACCUGUCUUACGAGCCUCGUACCGCAAUCAAGGCACAGGCCCUCGCGGAUUUCCUAACCGAUCUCACUUUCGGUGAGGUGAAUAAGACCACCCAGGAUACCGCUUCGGCUAACCCCGAGCCACAACGGUGGGUUUUGCAUGUGGACGGUUCGUCCAAUAGUGAGGGUAGUGGGGCAGGCUUGCUCCUCGAAAACCCCCAAGGAGAAAUAUGCUCAUAUGCUUUGAGAUUUGAUUUUAACGUUUUUAACAAUGAAACCGAAUACGAAGCAGUCAUCGCCGGCCUGCAGCUAGCUCGCAAGUUCGGGGCCGCGCAUAUCUUGGUCUAUAGCGACUCCCAACUCGUUGUGUGCCAAAUACUUGACGAAUAUGAGGCCAGGGAAGAGGUGAUGCAUCGCUACCUCUCCAAGGUCCACCAGUUAAUCGCACAUUUCGAGUCUUUUGAAAUUCAAAGGAUACCGCGGUCUCAAAACAAACGAGCUGACGCUCUCUCCCGACUCGCCUCCACCACGUUCUCUGACUUGAACAAGACGGUCCUUGUCGAAGUCCUAGCCGAGCCGGAGUACAUAGAAGAGGUCGUGUGUCCCGUUUAUCCCGGGGACACCUGGAUGGGACCCUUGAUUCGAUUUCUCAGCCAGGGGGAGCUCCCCGAGGACCGAGUUGAAUCAAGAAAACUUCAACGUAAAGCAACUCGGAUGCUCGUCAAAAAAGCUCUAUUGCUCAGGUAUUUUUGGCCCACUAUGAGGGUAGAUGCCCAGAUCAUGGUCCUUAGUUGCCCCUCUUGCCAGCACCACGCCCCUGAGCACCACCAGCCGACCAAUCUCAUGAUCCCCAUCACCUCGCCAUGGCCAUUCGAGCAAUGGGGAACUGAUAUAAUUGGUCCAUUUCCCAGGGCUCCAGACAAUUACGCCUACGUAGUGGUGGCAGUGGACUAA